ACUUUCUGUUCACAAUAACACAUAGUUUGUGUAAUUUCGUGACGACUAUUGGGCUUGAUUGAUGAUUAUGACUUUGAUAUUGUAAGAAAAGCCUCGGAUGACUAAUUAACAAGAAAAGAACAGGAUCUACUUGUAUACAAACGGGGCAUUCCCGGUUUUCGUCGGUAGUCUAAAGGGACUGUUUAUAUUAGUAUAUAGGAUUAACAAACUGAUUUACAAUUUUGAUUCCACUUUUGUUCGUCUCUUUGCAAUUGCUCUUCAAUAUGGGGUCAGCCAACAAUUGUCAGACCGAAAUACUAGUGGGAAUCAGCUACUACAGACUAAUAAUCGCCCUAACUUUGUGCUUCACUCUCCAGUUUAUGACAGUAACUUCGGCUAAACAACUUCAAAGCCUAAGACCAAAGCGCCAAAGAGCUGACCAACAGCUUUUGCCUUCAGGAUGGGAACAAUUUUGCGUUCCGAGAAGGAAGCGCCAACUCCAAGUGGACGUACAAUGUUUUGUCAAUCGGCAAUUUUCUGGACUAUGGAAGUUUGAUGAGCUUAAGCAUCAUCUUGCUAAACAAAAUAUCAAAUACACGUUUACGGUGAAAUGCGAAGAUGCUGCCACCAUAUCUCUAUACUGGCCAAUGAAAGCAACCAACCUUCGGGGAAUAAGCGUAGAAAACUGUAGACUUGAUGACUAUUUUUCUGGAUUAGAGAAACAGAGCGACAUACCCGACGAGUUGGAAUAUUAUGUCUUCAGAAACAACAUCAUUGUGGUUGACGUCAAAAAUCUUAUACAGAUAUCAAAAAAUCCAAUCGAUCAAGAUUAUGACUGUGGAAACGAGGACACGAUUAAUUACUACGUGGAUAGAAAUACAACAUAUGAGUUUGCGGACAGUGCCGAUUACAGUAAAUUAAUCCAAUCAUACUACAUGAGAGAAAGUAAAGUUCCAGAAGUGAAAAAUGAUGUUGAAUUGAUUUUUUCUGGAUUAAAAUUGCCACGCGUGGAAAAAAAACAGUUAAAACAAGCCUCCAAAGAUUUUCAUGCAAAAAUUGCAUCUGCAGAACAUAAAUGUAUGUUCACAAGUCUUUUUUACAAAGAAGAUAGUCCAUCGGACAAUGGAUUUUCCCCAAACGUCAAAAACUCGAACUUUCCAGUCCUAUCCAUUUACAAUAUGUCUCAUUCUAAUCUCCAAACAAUACCCGAGUCUUUUUCAAAAUGGUUCUAUCAUCUUCAGAAUCUUCAGUUGAUAGAUGCCUCUCACAACAAUAUCAAAAAAUUUAGAUUUGAUUCAGAUGUUGACGUCUGGGAUGUACCAGCAUUAACUGUAAACUUAUCAUACAAUAACAUCACUGAUAUCAAAGCUAAGCAGAUUGUAAAACUAGCGGAAACCAAGAAGCUUUUCGUCGAUUUUCGAAACAACCCUCUCAACUGUUCAUGUACAGACACGACAAAGCAGUUAAUCGCGUUAAUUAAAGACAAGGGCAAAUGGUCCCAGCCCUCGUACCAACGCUAUAGCUAUAUCCGAGAAAUGAGAUGCUACUAUCCGGAUAGUUUGCGCGGGAAACAGUUGUUGGAUUUAACAAACAAAGAUUUGGACUGUGAAAUUUUAGUGGUGGAAAAAAUGAUGGUGGAGGGCAUAGCCUGUUUAGGGGCUGUGGUUGGUAUUCUUGUGGUCAUUAUUUUAUUUGUUGUCGCAUUGGUUUACUGCAGACGAUCACGUCAAAGAUUCGUCUGGAACGUGGAUUCUUUGGCGGGUAAAAGUCCCGCGAACUUCUCUGAUCCCGCUGAGAUUUACACCGUCGUAAUUCCUGGUGAAAAACAACAAAUACCAAAUAUUAAAAUUCCAUCGAUUUUGUGAGAUACAGAUUAAAACUUCGUCGUUAUGGAUUGUUAUUAUUGGUUCAGUUGGCAAGUUAAACCUAUUUAAAGACUUUAUAAGCUGUUGGAUGUAACUUAAUCAAGUGCCAAUUAAAGGAUAUGCAAAUAACGUCAUUUAAAAUUUGUAGUCAUAACAUUGCGACACUAAUGUCUUUUGAAGUCCUUCAUUGUCUAUCGGGACAAUUCCAUAUUUCUAUGAAAUAUGUAAUAGCUGUGACAUAUGUUUUUAUUUAAGAAACAUAAGGUGUUGUGAACAUUACUGACGUGUACAAUAUCCUUCUACGUUUUAUGUUGUUAUUUAUUCAGAUCAUGAAAUCCAUUUGAACUUUUCAUUGUACCAAAUGAUCAAUUUUGUUUUAAGGUUUGUAUAAAUGUUAAUUUACAUUGUACAAACACAACGCCCAAUUUACUGUGAUAUUUUCAAUAACUGCAAUGUUAUUACAUGUAACAACAUGAUAACAGAGACAAAUAAAUGUAUGUGGUUAGAUAAUUGAAUUGUGUCGUAUUGUAAUAAAUUAAUUAAUAAUUAAUUAAUAAAACAGUU